CGCAAAUUCCUCCCUUUCCCCGCCCUUAGAUCUACUAUUGAGUCUAUUCUGGACUGUGAGAAUACACCUUCGGACUCCUUCUUGUUGAAUUUCCCCCGAAAUGUCGACCGCUAUAUAGCGCCCGACCGUGGUGUAACCUCUCUUUCAAUGAGACGCGACGGGCGCACUUGAAAGUCGCCCCUCCCAUGGUCUACGAGUUGCGUUCAUAACCCGAUAUGUCCUCUCGCACCUCGAGUCCCUCCUCUCCCGACAUUCUUGGGCCAUCUGGCGAUAAUGAUUAUCUAAUCUCCUCGCCCUUCAAACCGUUCACUGGCCGUCAGAGCUUCAUGUCGCCAGCUGACUUUGACCUCCUCCAGAGUCCGCGAACGACGAAACGGCAGAAGCGGUCGCGGCUCAACCUCACACCUGGCGCCCAUUCUUUCGAGUUCAACGAUGUCGUCCUUCCCGCUUCGCCCAACCUCAAACUGAAUGGAAAACAACAAGCUUUGUCUCCCGAUAAACUCCAGUCCGACGGGAAUGUCAGUCCGUGGAGGAUUCGUGUGACUUUGGAAGCGACGCAAGACCAAGAGAACAGCAACGAUUACGGAAGUCCCACGCCAAAACGUCUUCGGCCAUCGACCAUGGUCACAAAAAUACCACUCAAGGACGAGUCCGAGCAGACACCGCGUCGACGUAGAGGCCGUCCAAGGAAGUCCGAUACACUACUACUCGAUGUGAUACCGGCCGCAGGCAGCCCUGGUCAUACCCCAGGGCCACCCGGGUCUGCGCAGAAGCGAAAACGCGGUCGACCGAGGAAGACCCCGCUGAAGGUGGACGCGGUCACGCGACGCGAGCGGGAUAUAGGGACACUAGACAUUGAUAUGGAUACUCCGACCGCUGAGUCUCGAUCGCGAUGGACCUCUCUGAACCUUGCUGGGGACGCUGGGUCGGAUGAGGACGAUGGUGACGAAGAGAUGGUCGAUAUCUUUGACGACGAACUCUCACCGGAGCAAUCUGCGGUGGUCAAUCACGAUAGCACUACUCCACGGGUGACAUUCGAGCCCACAUACGACACCCCACAAGUUGACCAUCUAGACAACGAAGAAUACAACUUGAACUCCACCCCGUCGAAGAUGCCGUCUCCCGUACGCGAAUCGCAAUCAAGCUCGUCUAAAAGCACGUUGCAUGCCGGUCAUACACCCAGACCGCUGCGCCUAUACCCUACCCCAACGACAUCUUCGCCGGUCGCGGGAGAGGAAACAGUGUCGCAUUCCCAACGAACAGCUGCAUCUAGCGGCAAUCGCCGUCCCCGUGCAUCAUACGGCAGGAGCGAUCCGACGGACGAGCAUAAGGAGUUCGACUCGAUCAUGGAAAGUGAAGGCUUCAGUAUGGUCUCCCUGGAUACUCUUCCCUCAGCCAAGCAACAUGGCCUCGGGGGCGAUAGCAAUUCGAAGAUCGCCAAGAAUGCUCUCAAGCCGUUCCUGAAGCGAGAAUCAAACGGCGUCCUCAGGCGGAGAAUAUCACUCGACCCUGAAAUCCAUGACGGCAGUAAACCCGUCUCUCACGCAGAGAUAGAGACAACACCGGAUGAACACAUAGAAGACCACCCUCGCAUGCGCAUCGCGCGCUCCAUCGAAUCUAGUACCUCACUACAACAAGCAUCAGGUGGUAGAUCAGCCUCCACAAGACGCAUCCGCUCUUCUUCUGCCGUUCCGGCAUUGCGUCCAGUCCAACAAGGCCAAAAGCCAUUACUCAGACUUGUCCGCAUUGUACGCGCCGGUAUCGCGUUACAGGGUCCUCUUACAGAAUUGAAGGAGGGGAAGCAACGAACCUCGCAGUAUUCAGAUUCCGCUUUAACCGCAAACCGACAGCGUCUGCAACUUCUUUUCCAGGAUUUGAACCCCCAGUCCCAACAAGUACUGCAGGCAGGCUUGGCCUUUGGACAGCAACUUGCGAAGCAGAGACAAGUGGAACUAGAAAAAUACCAGCAGUCGCUGGCCGCGGACGCCAAGACCAAUGCGAGAACUAUAUUACGCAGCAGAGAAGCCAGUUCUUCUAAUUCACCUCAGCCGGCGCUGAGUGCGGCAGAUUUUGAUACUCCCGGUUCAGUCAUGAGGCGACGGAUGGAGGAGUGGCAACGUGAGAGGGAGGCCAUCAGUCGGGAAAUUCAGAUGGCGAAUUCUAGUCAAGUCAUUGUCAUCGACAGCGACGGGAGUGAUCAAUCAGAUAUCCCAGCCGAACAAGACGAAGAGUGGAACGAGGAUGACGGCUUCGAUGAUGAACCCGACGAGGCACCCAGCCAGGAUGGGUACGUAGAGGCAGAACAGGCGAACGAGGAAGAUGACGACGAGGGCUAUGAAGACAUCUGGCAGCAGGAGGCAAUGGAGCAAGGCAACCAAUCACAUCGCGUGUCUAUGCUUGACAAUGAUAAGAAUGACCUGCGCCCUAGACAGGAUGAGUCAAGCCCAUGGAAAACUGGCUGGACCCCAGCCCGCAGUCAGACGGGGCGACUAUACUCUCCGGCUCACUGGACCAAGGAGCAGGACACAGUGCCAUUUCUCGGUCGUUCGCGGGUCAAGCAGUUGCGCGAGGAAAAUGUUGACCUCACAAAUUUGUACCAAGGAGAUCCUACCCCGAAGCGUCGCCGUUACUACUAUGGAGAAGGUAGUCCUUCGAGUAAUGCGAGCCAAUCACAGUCUGAAGGUGGUUCACCAUCAAACCAAGCAUCUCACGGGCAAGGCGUCCACGAACAUGCGUCUGAACAUGAUCGGCUGUCAGAGCACUCGAUCGAGCUGAGCUCGCACAGUGACUUGGAAGAAGGGACGUUUCAGAUAGAUCCCACCACUAGAUUGGAGAUGGCCAGGCAGAAUAGUGGACGAGAGAUUAUGAGAGACGAUGUUGAAAGUCUUGCCGAUGCCGCUGCAGCCGAGGAACAAUACUUUCAAGCUGCAACUGACAACACCCCCAAUCCUCCACGACGAGCCAGCCCGGACAACCAAGCAUCAUCCUGGUUUCAGAAAAUCACUAGCUUGACACCUGGAUGGCUCAAAGCGCCCAAGUCUUUCCGGCCAGCUUCCCAACGGGAGGAAAACUCAGUUGUAUACGAGGAUGAAGCAGUAACCACGGCAAAAUCAAGACAUGCUCGUGAUGAGUUUGACUCGGAACGCUUGGAAGGCAUCCCGGGACCAUCGUCUCACUUUGCAGAGCCAGGAGACGAGCAACAAAUAUCUCCUGUUCGCAGAUCUUAUGAAUCACUGGGCGAUACGCGGGACCCUUUUUACGAGGAAGUGAGGGAGAUGAGGCAUAAGCGGCAACCCGCUCGUUACUCCGAGCACUUUUCCAACGAUCACUACCGCCUGUUGCAUAACCUCUAUCGCUUUUCCAAGAAGCACCCUGAGCGCUUCCCUUAUUAUCCGGCUCCUGGCCGGACCGAGAUUAUUGGAGAUUGGAUCUGGACUUCAGACGGGGUCUUUGGAGUCCCAGUCACGGAGGAUCAAUUUGCGAUCAUCGACAGGUUCGCACAGCAGGUCUCUCGUGACGACAUCAGGGCCGGCGGUACAGGGCAGAUUACUUGGACGGAGGCCGACUUGCAUAGAAGAUUGAUCAGCAUUAUCAUAGGCGAACAGAUCAGAAAGGAACGGCGACCCAUGCGCUACAGGGGUCAUCCGGGGAUAGGCAACUCUCGAAGCAGGGACACAGUCUAUGAGACGUGGCGCAGAUAAAGGCCCAGAGUUGCAGGUCGCUUGGUCACUGACGUGCAAAUCCCGAUACACAGAUUUUAUGGAACUCAAGACUCCGCUGGCACAUUAGCUAGCGUACGCUGCACUGACUUCUAUUCUUGUUGCAUAUGAUCGGGUCGUUACGGAGUGGCAAAGCAGCGACCGGAUUUUCUUGGGUUCGCAUUGAGU